CUGCUCCGGGCCGCAGACCAGAACCGGAACCAGAACCGGGAGCUCACGUCCCGUUAUCAUCCUGAAGUCUGUCCGCCGUGACGGUUUUAAAAAACGUUUUUAUUUCUGAUCACUGGGAAUAAAAACGCCGCUCGGUGACGUCAGCGGGGCUGUUUUCGGCUGCUGACGUCAGUUGGCUGCGUUGUUGCAGAGUCACUGCGACGGUUGGACUGUAAACAAGCCGCGGCAGAAGCGACCAGAAUCGGGCCUCUACCGACACAACCGCCGCUUCCCACGGUGCUCACGGCUGGUGCUGAUAUUCGUGAGUGAUUUCACUGAACCGAGCGUUCAUGAGCAGGCUCUGUUACCGGGUGGCUCGGCUCUUGUUUUCCGCGGAGACGGUCGCUCGGAGCUAGCAUUUGGAGCUAACCCGAUAGCUUCUGGAGCUAACCCGCUAGCAUCUGAAAUCCAACCCGCUCGCCCCCUGGAGCUAACCCCGCUAGCCUCUGGAGCUAACCCGCUAGCCUCGCUGGCUAGCCGAGAGCCGAGGGCCUCGCAGCGGGGGAGCCACCCUGUCUGCCCCGGGGAUCCACCUCUCUCCACUGCGGCCAGGUUAUCGUGAACCCUGGGUGGCUGGUCAGAGCGUCCUCCUCCCACCAUGGAGGCAGGAGGGAAGGACUGUGAGGACGAGACGCUGCAGACGGCCUUCAAGAAGCUCAGGGUCGACGCCGAGAGUCUCCCAGGAGCAGUGAGCGGAUCAGAAGCUCCCAGAGCAGCGACACGAGUCGGACUGGAAACCAGCGGAGCGAAGAACAAACUGGGAUGUCCAAAGGACACCUGGCACGGCUGUACGAGGAAAUCCUCCAGAGGAUCCUCCAGAUCUCAGCGCCGUCGGAGGUCCAAGUCCCCGAUCCUCCACCCCCCAAAGUUCACCUACUGCAGCGCUGUCACCCUGCCGCCCCCUGGUGGCUGCCUGAAGCAGCAGCGCCUGGUGGAGCCUCGUCCUGACGCCUCCCCGACCUCCUCCUCCGUCGCCUCCUCGGCCCAGAAGGAGCUGCCCUCCUCGGGCUCUCCGGGCCACAUCUCCCCUCUGGUGUUUGGAUCCCUCCCUGCCGAUGACACGCUCAGUGGGAGCGUGACCUCUGAGACCACACCCUCCAGACAGGAAGCAGGAAGUUCUGUUUCGCCCAGCGAGGAGGAGAAAAGUUCCUCCGACGGAGCCGAGUCCGGACCGGCGGCUCCUCGGAGACCCGCCGAAGCCGCCGACUUCCGGGCUUUAUCCGAGCUGCACGGCUGCUGCUGCUCCCCGGAGGAGGGGGCGGAGCCUCGCUGCCGCUGCAGAGCCAAUCAGAGGAGCUGGAACGGCGUGGAGGUGUACUCCUUCACGGGGCUCCGAGACGUCAUCUCUGAGUGCGAGAGGAGUCUGCCGAGCCACGAGGACAGAACUCUGAGCGGAAACGCCUCCUCCUCCUCCUCCGGUUCUCCUCGGUCGUGUUCAGAGCAGGCCAGGGCGUACGUGGACGACAUCACGAUAGAGGACCUGUCCGGGUACAUGGAGUAUUACCUCUACAUCCCCAAGAAGAUGUCCCACAUGGCAGAGAUGAUGUACACCUAGAGAUGAUUACUAUUAUUAUUAUUCUAUCAGAGGGAGAAGGAAGAAUUGAAUAUGAACUGAUUUAAUCACCGUUAGUCGGACUACGACUCCUCCUCGUUUGUGCUCUGUGGGUCCGUUUGGUUGUUUUUUUUUCUUUAUUUUCAGUUUACAAACGAAGUUGCCAAAGCUGUCGGUGCCGGAGGAGGAUCUAGUGCUUCUGUUUGUGGUGUCGUCACCGUCUGGAGCUCAUUUCACUCAAUAAAGAAGCUUCUGUUGGAAA